AUGGCGACUAUGACGCCAGAUGGAGAGAUGCAGCUGACUGAGGAGGAGUGUGAGAAGCUGAGCCUUCCUCCCAACUCUGUCAUCCCAGCCAACAGCGUCGACGAGGUCAAGCAGAAGUUGCAGGACAUCGCGGACGACGAGAUCCGCAAACUCGCCCGUCAGAUUGGCACCAAGCCAGCCGAAGAGCCGUAUCCUGGUUACUACGAGGACGUUCAGCGUCUUGGACUCGAGGACGACUUCUUGAAGAUCUCCUCAGUCAACCCAGCGUCGCUCUACGGACCUGGCGGCAAGCCAUAUGCGCCAUGGAUGGUCGGAAAGGUCAAUGAGGGGCCGUCGAAGAAGCGAGUGGACAAGCGUUCCAAGGAGGACAGGGAGUUCGACUUCACAGCGAGAGGUCAGGAGCUGGGAGGAGCAGGAGGAGGAGGAUUCCAGGCUGCCCUGCUUGGAGACGAGGUCAAGCUCACGUUCACUGUGGGAGAGGAGGCGAACAGCAAGGGCUACGUCAUCACCAAGAGACCGGGAGGAUCUGCCGACGACGCGUACCAGCUGGUUGCGGACUACCUCACUCCUGGAGCGAACCUUGCUGCUGGACAGCUCAACGGCAAGUACAGCUACGUGGAUGGUGCUUCUAGCCCCGGGGUGUGGGUGUACAGAGUGCAGGAGGAGGAUGUGAGCGGAAAGAAGACUGUACUCUCGCAGACCAUCAUUGACAUCCCCUCGAACACCGACAAGGUCAAGGCGCUGGUUGCUGCUGCUGUGCUCGGCGGUGCCCUCACCUUCCUCACCUUCCUCGGAGUUUCCAUGGACCCUCAAAACGGCAUCAACUAG